GUGUCGCAGGUCACAGGAGAGCCUCGAUUUGUAUCAGCUCGCUUUGAGGUAACUGGUAACUGGAGGUGCAACACACGACAGGGGGGAAGGCAGGAAACAAGCGAGUUCCGAGUGGCUGGACACAUAGCAGAGAGAUGGUGUCGCCUUGGGUCGUCGCGUCGGUUGGGGCGCUGUCUGUUGGAGGUGCUGGGGCUUUCCACGUGCCUGCGCUGCCAUCAGCGAGAGCUACGGCUGCGGCCAACAGACAUGUUUCGCGCAUGUCUACUGCAGACGACAAGCCCAAGAGCUUCUAUCCCUUCCAAAGAAGCGACGCACCUUCAACCAGGCCUGGCUCAAUCCCGCGCCUGGAAGCUGGAGUCACGCCCACCCCCGAGACCAAAGGAGGAACGAAGGAGGGAGAGGGCGCGGGUGGCGCCUUCCGGCAGCUAGUUGGCCUCAAGGGUGCCUCCACAACCGACGAGAUAUUAAAGAUUCGGCUACAGCUUACGAAGCCGGUAACGUGGAUACCUCUCAUCUGGGGAGUCCUCUGCGGCGCAGCUGCUUCAGGCAACUACCACUGGUGGAACCCAUUCGGAGGAGGGGACGUGAGCUUUGACCUUGGCUCCCAGGACCUAUUGAAGGCGCUUGGAUGCAUGAUUCUGUCCGGACCCUUCCUGACGGGAUACACGCAGACCAUUAACGAUUGGUACGACAGGGAUAUCGAUGCAAUCAACGAGCCGUACCGCCCUAUCCCAUCGGGAGCCAUCUCAGAGAAACAAGUGAUCGAGCAAAUCUGGUUUUUGCUUCUGGGCGGGCUCGCGAUCGCGUACGGUCUUGACGUGUGGGCCGGCCACGACUUCCCCAUGGUAUUCGCUCUCUCCGUGGGAGGGUCCUUCAUCUCGUACAUCUACUCGGCGCCGCCGAUCAAGCUGAAGCAGAACGGUUGGUUGGGCAACUACGCCCUCGGGUCGUCUUACAUCUCGCUGCCGUGGUGGUGCGGGCAGGCUAUGUUUGGGGAGCUAAACAUCCAGGUGGUUAUCCUCACCCUCUUGUACUCGUGGGCGGGCCUUGGAAUCGCGAUCGUGAACGAUUUCAAGAGCGUGGAGGGUGACAGGGAGAUGGGUCUCCAGUCUCUUCCCGUGGCGUUUGGGGUGGAGAAGGCCAAGUGGUUGUGCGUGGGCUCCAUCGACGCCACGCAGCUGGGCAUCGCUGCGUGGCUGUACUAUAUCGGGGAGCCGACGUACGCGGCCAUCCUGACCGCGCUCGUGUUGCCGCAAGUGUUCGCGCAGUUCAAGUACUUCUUGCCCGAUCCCGUCGGGAAUGACGUCAAGUACCAGGCGACGGCCCAGCCCUUCCUGGUGUUCGGCAUCCUCACGACCGCUUUGGCCAUGGGACAUCACACCUUCUAGAGACAGACUGCUGGAGAUAGCACAGGCCAACUAGUAGACCGUAGAGUUGGCGCGGCUAUUCUGUUCGUUUGUUUUCAGUUUGGUUGUUCGCGUCACCUGCUACUGGUUUCUGGAGUUUGAAUGAACGAACCCUGGCUUGAUACAGCUAAGGGCUGUAUUUGUCGCCAUCUGCAGUAUUCGAGUAUCAGAAUAUUGUAGAUAUUGCACGUAAUUUUUCUAGCCAGUACUUGUUCUCGCUGACGUUCUUCCUGUUUUUUGUUUGUUUUAUUUCACGUGGGUUGAGUUUUUGUGCGCCGCUGACUACCGCUCCUCGCGAAGAUGAACAUACACCGUGGACAUUUCGCAGACAAGUUCCGUUGUGCAGUUGGUGCUUUGGCGUGGUUGGUUGACAUUGAUUUUUGAGGGAAACAGCAUGGAGAUUGGUUCAUGGAGACUGGUUCUUCUGUGCAAUAGAAACCUUCGCAACGAUGACUGCACAAGAGUACUCGUCGUACUGUGCCCGUCGGUGCCGUAUGGCACGGUAGAAUAAAUUGCACGAUACACGCACAGAACUGUCAUCAUGUGCUUACCAUGGACAUGCCAAGUAGACAUGAAAGGGCGGCAGUUCAAAAGAACACUAUCCCUGGCGGUCACUGCCUUUGCGACUAGUGUCAUUCUGAAGCUGAAAGUUGUCGAAGUGGCAGUCAGCCCUGUGGGCACUCAUUCCGAUACCCCCCCCGUGCGGCCGGCCGAGACGUACUGACAUAACCGAUCAUGAGCCAACCUGAAGCCCUUGCAUUGAUUUCGAUUUUUAUGUUCUCUUGAGACUAUGAUACUGCUGUUGUACAGAAUCGGCUACCCGAUCUCGAAAGAAAAAACACUCCAUAUAUAUACUCCCUCCCGGUUCCCAAGCUCUAGCUUGGGUCUCAGUCGAUCAAAAGUCUUUUUUUUCCGUCUGUGGAGUUUUCAGUAGCAUAGCGGACCCCUUGCCCGACCGGGUCGAAAAGGCCGAUCUCAGCCCACACUGCGAACCUCCGAGAACUACCAGCAGUUCUGGGUAGCUGAGACGAUUUCAAGACCUCU